UGAGAACGUAUGAUUUCCGUGCUAUUCGGGGGUCCCUUUGUAUCUGCCAGUGUUGUCUUGGGCGACAACAAAGGAUGGAUAGCUAGUGUAAUUUCAGUAGUUUUGGACAUGUAGGGGGUUUAAUUUAACACACCAGUCUUGCUGGAGUUAUUUUUGUGUGUGUAGCGGUAGCAGUGCUCAUUUAAAGCAGCCGACGUUGGUCAAAUCCAGAAGGUUUUCGAUGCUAAUCGCUGCGUUGUGAUGCUCAUAUUCAUCAUUACUGAGGAGGCACUAUGCGUUUCAACUCAAACUUAGAAUCAACGCAAUGCCAUUGUAAAUAGGUCAAUUUUCUGGUCAACUGCGGACUAUCACUAUCACAGAGAAGGAAAAUUGUGACGCAGUUGUGUAAAACAUCUUUCAUUCCCUGCUGCAGCAGUGCUGUCGGGCUUUGCGGCACCUACACCAGCUGCUGCAAAACGUCUGCGCAACGGUGAUGUGCCAGUAGGCAUAUGAUGUUAGAUUUUUUAAAGACAAUAUAAAUGCAUUCUAUCAGUAGGGGCAUAUGUUAGGGGGUAGAAGGGUCUGCAAGAAAUAGUUGUUUUGUUACGGCUUGGGAAUUGUAGUUUAGUUUCCCAACCAUAGCAGAGGUUUUCACGGCCUCUUUGAAGGAAAUGGACUACAACACCCAUACUCUCAACUCUCUAGAUACUUUGUAAACUCUGUGCAAGUUGCGCGUCUGCAUACAAUUGUAGGUAUGCAGCUAGUGCUAUCUGUUCGGCAGUGUGUGUUUUUUUGGUCUGGUUUUGGCCUCUGGAAAUAAAUUCCAAGCAUCGGGAUUUGAUGACAGCUUUUGAACGGGAAUUCAUAGGAAACAUUUGGCGACAAGGUGACAUGCAUGAUCAGUUAUGAUCGAGUUUGCAAUGCCGAGUCCCUCCCUCAGUCGCGUGAGAUGUUUUUCUGUCGUUUCCUGAAAUGUAAAAUCAUAAAGUAGGAAUCACACGAAAAUUUACAGCUGAAUUCCCACUUGACUACACUGGCGAGCAUCCAUAAGAUCCACCACACCUUGCACAGGCUGAACCUGACAGAAGACGUUGGACAGGAUAGCCACCCCUCAGCUUGUUGCUCUAGAGCCAUGCCUCCUAGGAAAAAGAGGAGACCCUCUGCUGGAGAUGACAUGGCCGCCAAGAAAAGUCGCCAGGACAGCGUUUUUAGAAAACACGAAACGCCUCAAAUACGGGAGGAGGAGACAUUUUCCAGUAAAAGAUGCUUGGAGUGGUUUUAUGAAUACGCAGGUUGUGAUGACGUGGUGGGUCCAGAGGGCAUGGAGAAGUUCUGCGAGGACAUUGGAGUGGAGCCAGAGAAUGUUGUGAUGCUGGUUCUUGCUUGGAAGCUGGAUGCCCAGAGUAUGGGAUAUUUCACUCUCCAGGAGUGGCUUAGAGGCAUGGGCCUACUACAGUGCGACUCCACAGAGAGGCUGAGGAACUCGCUCGACUACCUGAGAUCUGUCCUAAACGACAGCACCAGUUUUAAGCUCAUUUAUAGAUAUGCCUUUGAUUUUGCACGGGAAAAGGAUCAGAGGAGUUUGGACUUGAACACAGCCAAGUGCAUGCUGGGACUUCUUCUUGGAAAGACGUGGCCUCUGUUCCCCGUGUUUAAUCAGUUUCUAGAACAAUCCAAGUACAAAGUCAUCAACAAAGACCAAUGGUGCAAUGUUUUAGAGUUCAGCAGGACAAUCAACCUGGACCUCAGUAACUACGAUGAGGACGGUGCCUGGCCAGUUUUGUUGGACGAGUUUGUGGAAUGGUACAAGGAAAGACAGAUGUCAUAGGUGGAGAGCGAAAUGGAAGAAAACAAAUAAAAACAGCUGUGACAAUGACGACUACGAGAAUCAACAACCGAUAUGUACAACAAUACAAAAAUGGUAAAGCGGUGACUGUGGGUGCUUCCUGGAAGAGGAGGGGUUCUGUGGGUGGGCUUGGGUGGGGGCACCGGGUUUGCAGCCUGGGUGCAUGUCGCCCAGAGCGCGGAGGCUGAGGGCUGCCAUUGUGGAGUUGUGUUCCCUACCAAAGUGGCACAGUGGGCAAGCUUGCAGCAAUCCCACGGGACAUUGCUCUCUCUCACUGUGACAUGUCAUAUUGCUGUCUGUGUUAGGAUAACAUGGUAUCAUACAAGGACGAUGGAAGCAAAAUGGUAUUGGUAGGAGAACCACUCCUCACCCUUGUCUUCAGCACAGAGAACCCAACAGUGACCAUUCAUGCAUUGUGUCUGAGUCUUAACAGGGUCACUUUGACCUGGGCACCUUUCAAUAUUGUAUGUCUGUGCAAUGAACUUGACUUGAGCUUUUCUGGACAUAUGGCACUAACUAUUGUUUUUCAUGUUUUGAGUUGGGAGCGGAGUUCUUCAAGAAGCACACUGUGUCAAACAUGGUUUAUCGCAGGUUUCUGGUGCCUGUGCCGUUUACUAUAGAUUUGUGCCAGUGAUUCCCCUUCUGUUUCUGUUCCUUCCAGCUGUUUUGCUCAAGUUAAUGCUAACAGUUUGCUAACCCCCCCCCCCCCCCCCCCCCCCCCCCCCCCCCCCCCCCCCCCCCCCCCAAAAAAGGCUUUAGACCUCAUAACACCAAACAAAUCAGCAUUGCUGCUUACUAACUCUUAUUACAGUACAGCGGUGAGCCACUAGUGCUCUGGUCAGCAUUUAUUGGUCCGACAACCGAUUUAUGUAUCUACGUUGUGUAGGUAAGAGUAUUACUGUGCCUCAAAACAUGGAAGUCACUUUGUGUGUCCCACACAAACACACCAACAAACCCAAAUGUAUAUAUACAUGCACACACACACACACACACACACACACACAUAUAUAUACUGAGUGAUCAGGGAUUACUUCAGGAUGAAUUCAGACUGUUUGGGCUGUGUUAGAAGUUGACAUAGAGCUUGUUGGUGUCCAUUUUGUCUUGAUAUGUGGCAUCUGUUUUGUACUCCUUAGUCCCCUGAAAGUUUCAAGUCUCCUCUUACUAGUAGCAUCUCUCCCAACGCGGACAAUGUUAAUAUAAGUACAGUGGAAGACCAGUGACCCUCUCAGGACGAGGUCCUUAAGGCUUGAGUAGAAAAGUAGGUUUGCUGAAAACAUUGCUUUGUACCACCCAUAAGAUCUAAUCAAAACAAUGGACACUGACAGUUUGGAACUGUGAUGAUGCUAUGCUGUUCUUUUUUGCCUAGUAUAAUGUUCUUGUAACACAUGUAUACAUUUUUUGUCUUUGGCUGUGGUGUAAUGCUGAAUCGUCAGAUUUAAUAUUUGCAUGCAUGCUCCAACAGAGCCUUUUGUGAAUGGAUGAGAUUUUUUUGAAAACAUUUUUCAAAUGCGUUUUUAUUUUGCACAAGAAUUUGUGCAAAGGGUUUUGUGCUUAAUUUGAUAUUCACGAUCAUGUUAUGUUAAUUCUGAUGAAACAUGAUUGUGUCUAUUGAGACCUGGAACACACCUGUAACCUCACUGUGGAGCAGGAGUUCCCUCCUGCAUUUACCCCAUCUUACAUGCUAAAGUUUUAGGUAGCUGCGGUCAGUUUACUACAGAUCAUAUUUUAUUUAUUUAUGCAGUCAUGACACAUGAAACACAUUGACAUUUGUAAAGUUAAAAUACAUGAGCUCUCGUGUCGUUGAAAUCCCCUGAAGCUAAAGUUAUAUGAAAGCCUCAACAUCAUUGUCAUGACAAUGUAUCAACCAUCAGCAUUACAUCUAUGAUUGAGGUAGUUGUUGGAUUGCUUACCAAAUACUGUGUAGAGAUCAAUGUUUUAGUGUUCUCACAUGACAAUGCAGGAGGAUGAACAGCCUUGUCCCGACUGUAUAUAUGUAUGUAAACUAUGUAAGUGUCUUUAUGUCCGUUUUCACUAUAACCUAUGUCUAUAUACAUAAAUAAAAAAGGUUUAUUAACUUA